CUCCUAAACACAUCUCUCGCCCGCCGUUGUCAGUCAGUACGGUAUCCACUCGAUGGACAGACAGAAAUGCGCUCCGUCAAUUGUCCCUUGUGCUGGCGGCUGCAGUGAGGGCGAACGAAUCCAGCACGGGAUCUAGCAGACCCUGCACACACAGACACAGACACAGACACACACACAUGGAUGGCAUCCAUUCUGCAAUGCAGAAUGUGGAUGCCCCAUCCAUCCACCCACACUAGCCACCUGUGUGGCCUUGUCGGCCCAGUCGGCACUGUUGGCAGAGAUCCACACCUGCACACACACACACACACACACAGCGAGAGAGAGAGAGAGAGAGCACGUCCUGAUACGAAAGACCACUCAAGCCGCUUGUGUGGUGUGUGCGGCUCCCUCCGCAUGCUCACCACAUACAUCAGCCCAUCCCUGAGCAGAGCCUGCAGACACGAGCAGGUCAGGUGAGUGACGCACACCAAGACAUAUAUACAGAAAAGAUGAUGACCCGAUCGAUCGAUCAACACGGUCCCCUCCCUCCCAUGACCCUGCCUGCCUGUCGCUCCUCGCUCACCUUUGCCUUGACAUAUCGGUCGAUGGGCGGCAGGCUCUCCUCUGCCGCCCCGCCCCCCUCGCCCCCAGCCUGUGCCAGCAGCUGGUUGGUGGCACCCCUGCCCUGCUUCUUCGGCCUUUCCUGUGUCGUCUGCAUCUCAAACGAAAGGCCCGUGUCGGAAUCGGUCUGCACCAGCAUCACCUGGGGGACGGGACACACACCAUCGAUGGAUGGAUGGGAGGUGAGUGUGUGUGUGUGUGUGUGUGCGUACUCUGGUUGACGACGGCGAUUCGUCUCUAAGAAUCGGCCUGUUCCUGCCCUCCUUCUCCCGAAUCAACAGCUUGGCUAUCCCUGCACGAACCACACCAUGCGGAACACACACCACAGAACAGUGUGCCGCGCCAUCUCUCUCUUUGGCCAUGCAACUAUGCCACUCACCCAGCUCACUGCCGACGUCCUUGAGCACAUUGAACUCAUCGACAUUAGGAAUCAGCCCCGCCUUGUCGAACAGCUCAAACACGUCAUACACCGUCACCGUCAGGGCCCGCCCAUUCCUGAUGUCAUUCGCCACAAACGCCAACCCGCCCGCCUUCUCGACAUUCCUCUGCGCCGAGAACCACCCUGAAGGCACGUCCACCUCAAAGCCCCACUUGCCGUCCUCUAUCCGCUUGUAGCCCUCGUCCUGCUCCUCCAGGGCCAGCACAGGCAGCGGCAGGAGCGUCGUGAGCAGCGGCAGCGGCCGUAGCAGCAGUGCCCGCCGUCUCGACUCCCUUGCUGCAAGCUGAUGCCGAUUGGACGGGGAGGUAGGGAGAUGGGAACGGGGCGAGGGGAGGUAGGCAGACACGCCCAUCACGGCUGCUGCGAGGAUGGCGAGAAGCGCGGCGCUGGUGAUGGGUGAGAUCGGUUUCCUUCUUCUGCAUCUUGAAGCGAAAGAUCUCCAACACAUGGUGCUGGGGAAGAAGAGGUGUCAACAGCAAAGGGCGUGAAGAGAUCUGCAGCUGAGGGAUGAG